CGCGCCACAGAUGGAACAGUGGCUCGCUCGCGGACGCCGCUGUCUUGGAGCGCGUGUGCUGCUGUUUCUGUUGCUACGGCUUUUCCGCAGCUCACUUGGGGAAUAAUCGUCAUCUUCGCCAUAUCCAUCAUCAUCAUCACCAUCAUCAGCAGGAAGAGGGGCUGAGGAGCGGGCUGGGCUGAACUUACUGGGCUGAACAGUGAACUGGGCUGCGCGCGCGGGUCCCGCGAUGUCGUGCUGAAGGAGCGCGCUUCUCCAGCCGUGCAUGUUCGAAGCGGGGCGGCGGAUCGCAGCACAGAGACGCCACACGAGCAGACCCAGAGCGCGCGGCGGACCCACGCAGGAGGCAUGCUGCCGAGACGGAGCGCGCUCCUCGCGGCUUUCUCCGUGCACGCGCUUUUGCUGUGCUUACGAGCCAAGGUGUCGGAAGCAGCGGGACACUUUGAGUUCCGGGUCGCGUCCAUGCAGAAUGUGAACGGAGAGCUGCUGGGCGGCGGAUGCUGCGGCGGCUCACGGGACGCGCAGGAACGCGGCAGCUGCUCGCGGGGCUCGUGCGAGACCUUCUUCCAAGUGUGUCUGAAGGAGUACCAGUCGAGGGUGUCCGCGGCGGGCCCCUGCAGCUUCGGCACGGGGUCCACGCCUGUCGUCGGGGGGAAUUCCUUUUCUCUGAGGAACUCCGUGCGGAACGAGAAGUCCAGGAUCGUGCUGCCCUUCAGCUUCGCGUGGCCUAGAGCUUACACGUUGAUAGUGGAAGCCUUGGACCUCAACAACGGCACGAGCAGCAGUUCCGGGGGAGAGGUCAUCGAGAAGUCGGUCCACUCGGGCAUGAUCAACCCCAGCGCCCAGUGGCAGACGCUGAAGCACAACGGGCCCGUGGCCCAGUUCGAGUACCAGAUCCGCGUCACGUGCGACGAACACUACUACGGCUUCGGGUGCAACAAGUUCUGCCGGCCGCGGGAUGAGUUCUUCGGACACUACGCGUGCGACCACAAUGGAAAUAAGACCUGCUUAGAAGGCUGGACCGGACCCGACUGCAACACAGCUAUCUGUAGCCAGGGCUGCAGCACGGAGCACGGACUCUGCAAACAACCAGGAACGUGCACGUGCCUGUACGGCUGGCAAGGGCAGUACUGCGACAAGUGUAUUCCGCACCCAGGCUGCGUGCACGGCACCUGCGUGGAGCCCUGGCAGUGUCUGUGUGACACCAACUGGGGCGGCCAGCUGUGCGACAAAGAUUUGAACUACUGUGGGACUCAUCAGCCGUGCUUGAAUGGGGGCACCUGCAGCAACACGGGACCUGACAAGUACAAGUGUUCUUGCCCCGAGGGCUACUCCGGGGUCACCUGCGAGAAGGCGGAGCACGCAUGCCUCUCCAACCCCUGUUCCAACGGCGGGACUUGCACGGAGACGAGCCAAGGGUUCGAGUGCCAGUGUCCACUGGGCUGGAAAGGCUCCUCCUGCACGAUCAAUGUGGAUGACUGCGAGCCAAACCCCUGCGGCCACGGCGGUACGUGCCAUGACCUCCUCAACGGGUUCAAGUGCAGCUGCCCCCCGCAGUGGACCGGCAAGACCUGCCUGAUCGAUGCCAACGAGUGCGACAGCAAACCUUGCGCCAACGCCAAUUCCUGCCGCAACCUCAUUGGGGGAUACUUCUGCGACUGCCUGCCGGGCUGGAGGGGGCAGAACUGUGAUGAGAAUAUUAAUGACUGCCAAGGACAGUGUCAGAACGGAGGGUCCUGCAGGGACCUGGUUAACAGCUACCGCUGCACGUGCCCGCCUGGCUUCACUGGGGAGCACUGCGAGACAGAUGUCGAUGAGUGCGCCAGCAGCCCAUGCUUGAACGGAGGGCGCUGUCAGGACAGAGUCAACGGCUUCCAGUGCUUGUGCCCGGCAGGCUUUUCCGGAAACCUCUGUCAGCUGGACAUCGACUACUGCGAGCCGAACCCAUGCCGCAGCGGAGCGCAGUGUUUCAACCUGGAGACCGACUACUUCUGCAAGUGCCCGGAGGACUACGAAGGCAAGAACUGCUCGCGCCUAAAGGACCACUGCCGCACCACGUCCUGUCAGGUGAUCGACAGCUGCACGGUGGCCGUGGCCUCCAACAGCACACCUGAGGGGGUGCGCUACAUCUCGUCCAACGUGUGCGGCCCACACGGCCGCUGCCGGAGCCAGGCUGGGGGACAGUUCACGUGCGAGUGUCAAGAGGGCUUCACCGGGACCUACUGCCAUGAGAACAUCAACGACUGCGAGAGCAACCCGUGCCGGAACGGGGGCACGUGCAUCGACAAGGUCAGCGGGUACCAGUGCAUCUGUGCCGACGGCUGGGAGGGACCCCAUUGCGAGAUCAACAUCGACGACUGCAGCGCAAACCCGUGUCACAACAGGGGCACAUGCAAGGACUUGGUGAACGACUUCUUCUGCGAGUGUGGCAACGGCUGGAAGGGGAAGACCUGCCAUUCCCGCGAGAGCCAGUGUGACGCAGCCACCUGCAACAACGGAGGGACGUGUUAUGAUGAAGGGGACACCUUCAAGUGCACGUGUUCGCCAGGCUGGGAGGGCGCGACCUGUAACGUAGCCACAAACAGCAGCUGUUUGCCGAACCCCUGCGAGAACGGGGGCACCUGCGUGGUCAGCGGCGACUCUUUCACCUGCGUCUGCAAGGAAGGCUGGGAGGGGUUCACCUGUACUCAGAAUACCAAUGACUGCAAUCCACAUCCCUGCUACAACAGCGGGACCUGCGUGGACGGGGAUAACUGGUACCGCUGCGAGUGCGCUGCGGGUUUCGCUGGCCCGGACUGCCGGAUAAACAUCAACGAAUGCCAGUCCUCGCCUUGCGCCUUUGGUGCCACCUGCGUGGAUGAGAUCAAUGGCUUCCGCUGCCUUUGCCCACCUGGACAGACUGGGCCUACAUGUCAGGAAGCCACGAGACAGCCCUGUGUCGCCAAUGGACACCUGAUGACUGACGGGGCCAAGUGGGAUGAUGACUGCAACACCUGCUGGUGUCACAAUGGGAAGGUCUCUUGCACAAAUAUGUGGUGCGGGCCCAAGUCUUGCCAGGUCAACAGUAAAGGUCGCGGGGAGUGUCCCACUGGGCAGUCCUGCAUGCCCAUCAAGGAAGAGAACUGCUUCGUGAAGCCCUGCUUCGGCCUGGGGGAGUGUAGGUCAUUGGACCUGCCCCCUGUACAGACCCAGUGCCAGCUGAGCAGCAACUUCCUGGAGAACAGUUGUGAAUACAUUACCUUCACCUUCAACAAGGAGAGCAUGCCACAGGGCCUAACCAUCGAGCACAUCUGCAAUGAGCUGAGACACUUGUACACGAUGAAGAACCUCUCCACAGAGUAUUCGGUGUUCAUGACUUGCGAACCCUCAACGAGCGCCAAUAACGAGAUCCACAUGGCCAUAUCUAUGCCGGAACAGAGGCCAGACAAGGUCCCAAUCGAAGCUGUCGCAGACAGAAUUUUCGACCUCAUCAGCAAACGCAAUGGCAACAACAGCAUCGUGGCGGCGAUAGCAGGAGUGCGUGUGCAGCAGAGACCACCCCUGAUCAAAACUGACUACCUGGUCCCCCUGCUGAGCUCCGUGUUCAUUGUGAUCUGGAUCCUGGCGCUGGUCGGUGCGCUGUGGUGCGUUCGCCGGCGUCGGAAGCAGAGCGGCAACAACACGGCGGUGGCUGCGUCGACCUCGGAGGACAACACCACCAACAACGUGCGGGAGCAGCUCAACCAGAUCAAGAACCCCAUCGAGAAGCACGCGGCCAACAGCACGCCCGGCAUCAACGAAUACGAGGGCAAGAACUCCAUCAUUGCCAAAAUCAGGACGCAAAACUCCGAGGUGGAGGAGGAAGACAUGGAGAAGCAGCUGCACAGAGGCAGGUUCACCAAGCAGCCAGCGUACACCCUGGUGGACCGCGAGGACAAAAUGACACAUGGCACACCCAGCAAACACGCGAACUGGACAAACAAACAGGACAACAGAGACUUGGAGACAGCACAAAGCCUAAACCGAUUGGAGUACAUCGUAUAGCAGGACUUUUGGGUUGCGAGGCAACCGAGCUCUUGGCGGAAAGCUGCGAGUUUGUACUUCUUAAACUGUUGUCAUAUUUUGACGCGAAGGUCGUUAUUUACGUAGGAUCCCUGUGUUAAUUUAAGUUCUGACAAGCUGGCUUACACUGGCAACGACAGUGGCUGUGGUUGGCUGGAAGAGCAGGUGCUGCGCUCCACAUCUAUGCAAAACUAGUUUCAAGAGCCCUUUUGUAAAUCCUUCUUCACAUUGUACAGGAUGGGUCAGAUCCUUUAGAAAGUCUUUACAAAUAGUCUUAAGUGUUAUUUUUCUAAGUAAUGCUGGAAAAAAAAAAAAACAUGCUGAAAAAGAGCAUACAGUUUAGUAUAUAUAUGUGGGCUCAAUGUGGUUGAUGUACAACUAGUUCUGUAUCAGAAAAGUGCCUUUGCAGCUGUAUACCACAACAACCGUCAAAAGAAAGUUUAUUAUUUAUUUUUAAUUUUAAUUUUUGGGGAGGGCUGGGUCAGUGUCAGCAGUUGCUGUCAAAAAUGAAGAAUUAAGUGUCAUUUUAGAACGCUGUAUAGAUAUGUACAUUUUUUUUAAUUAAUCACUGUGUAUAUUUGAUUUAUUAACUUAAUAAUCAAGAGCCUUAAGAUACCAUUCCUUUUUAUU